UUUUGGGCUCAGUCUCUUGAGUUGCCAAGUUGGAGGCUGGGAAGGAGCGAAGGAUGAAGCUUCGGCGGAGUUCCUGGCUGGCACGUGCAGCAGUUUUGUUUGCCGCGGCAGCAACAUGGGUCCUUGGCCAGAACUGGCUCUUUGUUGGACCAUUUUCAACGUCGCUGGCUCCGCCGGCUAAUCCUGCGCAGAGAGGCCAAUCGGUGAGCAGGUAUGCAAGAGAAGUUGAUGAGGAGGAAGUGCUUUUCAAUUUCAGAAAACCCAAGAAGAAGGGCUUUGACCCAAACUGGAAGCGACCCUUCCCGAAGUACAUUCUGAUGGGUGGCGUCAUGAUGACCUUAAUCGGCUACCUGGGAGGAGGGCCCAUUCUAUCGGCAGUGUGGGGCUUGUGCGGCGCUGGGUUCGGGUGCUUGUUUGAGCCUUGGCAGACCCCAGAUGGAACGAUCAGUGGCCUCUACGAUGAAGAUGAAGAAGACGAGGAUGAGGACGAUGACGACGACUGAGCUGCAACUCGGCCCUCCCUAAGUCACACAACAUUGAAAAUCAUAGUUGAACGGGCAAGUGUUCUUGGAGCAGAAAACCGAGAACAACAGCCGUUUGGGUGAUGGCCUCGGGAGUGUUGGCGGUGGUAUUUCCGCCUCCAAGCCUUGCUCCGUAUGUUGAUGCACAGUGAAGUAUUUUGAUAUGUGAGGUGUUUGAGGUUUGACGCCAUUUUUGGACUCCUUUCCACAUUAAGGGAAGUGCACAUUGGAUACAUCACACACCCACCAGCUAGUUAUGGAUGAAUUGAUGGUACUUGAUGGUAUGUGUACAUGUAAAGCACAGGCCACGUGGAAGCGUCAGUGUUCUAGCUUUCUAACACCCUGAUACUCUGAAGUUUAUUUCUGUGUACGGACCCAGACCUGCUCUCGUCUUUAUUUAAGCUCAGCCCUGGGCUUGGUUUGGGGCUUUGAUUCAGCUUUACCCGGCUAGCCUCCCAGCACCUGAAGUUCAGUUUUUCACCGGGCCGAAGGUAACUGUUUUGAAACUGCUUUGCAUUCUCAAAUCUACACUUGCGCCCCCCUAAGCAUCUUGGACAACACAACAGGAGAUGGGCUGCAAAAGAUCGUCCCCUCGAGCACACCCCAAACAGCACUGUACAGAGAGGAUCAGAGAGAUGCCAGCACAACUCGUCUGAGAAAGACUGGAACACAGACACACACACACACACAUAGGCAUUUUUCUUCAUAGGUCGCAAGCUCCAUCUCCAUGAGGACAAUUGUGGAGGAUGUCAAUUACACUCUUGGCAUCUCUUGGCAUUCACAACCGGUCGGUGAUAGCUUCUUUGCUACUGUACGCAUGCAUUUUUGUAGGCUUGUUCUUGAACAGGUAUUGAUUCGCACUUUUGGUGACAACUUUUCUGCUUGAACAGGUUCCUGAUUCUUUGUGGUAGAUACUUCAUUUUGCAGGUUGAGAGCCUUUCUUGCUGGGCUUCUAAUCAACUGGACAUGCAUAGCGAUGAUGUGGCUCGUAGGUAUGCAUAUACAUAUCUGUAAUCUGUCUGACUUUUUCACCCAGUUGCAGGGGUAUUGUACAAAUUGCAAAACGAGACAGUGCUUGCUACUGACUUGGCAACAGUAAACGAUGGUUGAGGAGUGCCUUGGCUUGAAGGUCUUUGCGUGGUGGUGCUUCAUCAUUGAGCCGCGCGUGCUUUCAACAGAAUCUCACUAUUGGUCUCCAUAUGCUUGCGGUAGUGGCAAUGCCCCUUCACCUUUCUGCUGAUGAAAUUUUCAGUGAAGGACUUCAGACUUGGCAAAGUCAAACUUGGCAUAGUAAAACUCUCAAGCGGAACAAUGUUUGCUGUUGCGAGCUGCAAGCUUCGACAUAUGUUCGGAAAGCUUGGAUGUUCGUGGCACAACUCUGUCAGCGAAAGGUUUUGGCUCAGACUA